CCCCGCACGCCUCGUGUCAAACCACCCAGUCCAACGUCCUUCACGCCCACCCACCCCACACUCCUCCGCCUCUCCCUCCAAAACGAAGCAGCAGCAGCAGUUGUUGCACUCGCAAGAACUGCACGGCCACCAGCACCGCGCGCACGCGGAGGCGGGACUCGCUCACAUGAGGAUGCUGUUCCGUUGCUUCGUCGGCGCCGAGCCGGCGGGAGCUGGAAGCGGCAGCGAGAGCGGGGACGAGACGAAGAAGAAGGCGGUGCGGCGUGCGCGCAGCGCGACGGGGCGGCUGCGGUCGCUGUCGCCGGACGACCUGUCGCGGACGCUGGUGUCCUCGGGGCUGCACGCGUUCACGCUGGCGGAGCUCAAGGCCGCGACCCGGGGGUUCUCGAGCAGCCACUUCAUCGGCGAGGGCGGGUUCGGCCCCGUGUACAAGGGCUUCCUCGACGAGCGGCUCCGGCCCGGGGAGCUCCAGCCGCAGCCCGUCGCCGUCAAGUACCUCGACGCCGACGGGCCGCAGGGCCACCGCGAGUGGCUGGCUGAGGUGGUGUACCUGGGGAUGUUGAGCCAUCCGCAUCUGGUGAAGCUGAUCGGCUACUGCUGCCAGGACGAGCAGAGGAUGCUCGUGUACGAGUACAUGGCCAGGGGCAGCCUCGAGCACCACCUCUUCAAGAACCUGCUGUCGAGCUUGCCGUGGUGCACGCGGCUGAAGAUCGCGGUGGGCGCGGCCAAGGGGCUGGCGUUCCUGCACGAGGCCGACACGCCGGUGAUCUACCGCGACUUCAAGGCGUCCAACAUCCUGCUCGACUCGGACUACACGGCAAAGCUCUCGGACUUUGGCCUGGCGAAGGAGGGCCCACAAGGCGAUGACACCCACGUCAGCACCCGCGUGAUGGGCACCCACGGCUACGCCGCCCCCGAGUACAUCCUCACCGGGCACCUGACGGCGAAGAGCGAUGUGUACAGCUUCGGCGUGGUGCUGCUGGAGCUGCUUACGGGGCGUCGCAGCGUGGACAAGCGGCGGCGCGGGCGGGAGCAGCAUCUGGUAGACUGGGCGCGGCCGUACCUGCGGAGGCCGGAGAGGCUGCACCGGGUGAUGGACCCCAGCCUGGACGGCCAGUACUCCGCCAAGGCCGCGCAUAAGGCCGCCAUGGUGGCCUACCAGUGCCUGCACAGCGUGCCCAAGUCGCGCCCCAGCAUGCGCGACGUCGUCGGCGAGCUCGAGCCGCUGCUCAGCAUGUGCAGCGACGUGCCCGCGGGGCCGUUCGUGUACACCGUCCCAACAUCAUCGGCCGACGACGUAAAGGCCAAGGCGGGCGCGACCGAGGAGGCCAACGGCGCCGGGGUGGCGAAAAAACGAUACCUGGCGUCGGCCGUGCACGCCGAGAGCGAUCUGAGGACGGGGAACCAACGGUACGCGAGCUCGGUGGCGGGGUACAAGAGCUCCUCCCCGAGGCAGAGCAGGGACAGGGGAGCGUAGGCGCUAAACUGCACCAGUCAUCAAUGCAUGCGUGUGUUCCUCACGGAAUUGUAGAGUGUAUAUAGUUAUGGCGUCAGCCACUCAGCCAGGAGAUGUAAACGUAAUUUGUUCGUUGAUUCUUUCUCUUUUUGAUCCUCCUCUGGAUCACCGAGAGCAAAAGGUAUUCCUUUCUAUUUA